AUGUAUAAGUACACAGAAGAUGUCUUACUUGGAUAAGGUGGAUUCGGUACAGUUUUAAAAGUAUUAAACAAAGAGGAUUCAAAGUAUUAUGCUAUGAAAAUUUAGAAAUUAAAAGAUCUAAUGACAGCAUCUGACGAAAAUUACAGCACUUAAAUACUUUGCAUUAUCAGAGAAAUCAAUACAUUCAAACUUAAUCAUCCUAAUAUUACAAAGUUCCACGAGUCUUACUUCACCCACGAUGAUAAGUUUGUAAUUAUUACAGAGCUAGCAGAGUCAAAUCUGACAUAAUACAAAAAAAAAUUGGUCGAAAACAAGAUAAAGAUGACUAAUGCUUAGAUUACUGAUAUCAUGAUCUAAAUAAUGAAGGGUACAAUCUAUCUACACAACAGGAAUAUUAUGCACAGAGACUUGAGUCCAGACAAUAUCCUUGUAUUUGAUGAUGGCUAAAAAUUCAAACUUUGCGACUUUGGCUUAUCUUAGUAGACCUAAUCAUCAAAGUCUACUGUCGGGAAACAGAAUUAUAAGGCUCCAGAAAUAGUUGACAACAACAAAGGCUACACUCCUAAAGUUGAUGUUUGGUCUGCAGGAAUAAUUCUCUACUAUCUGUGUACUUCCAAGGAAAAGUAUAAGGGGAAGGUAAUAUCAACGUUAACAGAUGGACCAUUAGAUAUAAAACUUGAUGAUGAUUAAAAGUAAUUCGAACCACUUUUAAAUAAAAUGCUUAGAUUUGAUCCUAAUGAAAGAAUAGAUUCAAUCUAAGUUUUAUCUGAGCUCUGUGAUAUUAAAUAAGAAUCUGUUAUCUAGCAUAGAGAGAUAAGGGAAGCAAAGAAUAAUCUUGAUAGAAACCAUUUUGAUCUGACAAUUGAAUCAAUGAAUGAUUCGGUAAGAGAAAUAGUUGCCAAACUUGGGGAAUUUAAUUAUGGAGCUAUUGAUAAUAUUCACUCUAAUCCAGAUAGAAUCUUCAAUCCGUAGAUUUUAUCUAAAGAUGAUGGUGCAAUAUAUGAAGGGGAAGUUGAUAAAAAAUCUAAAAUUCCUGACGGAAGGGGUAGAUACAUAUACAAAAAUGGAACAGUUUGUGAUGGAUUAUGGAAAGACAACUUAAAAAAUGGCUUUGGUAGAGAUGUAUAUGCAAAUGGAGAUUACUACUUGGGAGAGUAUAAAGAUGAUAGAAGAGAAGGUUUUGGGAGAUAUUAUUGGAAUGAUGGAUAAUUCUAUGAAGGAUAUCACUUAAAUGAUAAGCAAGAGGGGUUAGGAUAUAUUAGAUAUAGAAACGGUGACUAAUACCUUGGCUAAUGGGCAAAUGAUAAAUUUUAAGGUGUAGGUGUACACUUAUGA